AUGUAUUUCUUCACUGAGAAAAUGCAGCGUUCAAAGAUGGGGUUCCCUGACUACAUCCAAGCAUUGGAAGAAGAACGCCGUAAGAUUCAGGUGUUCUGCAAAGAGCUUCCUCUUUCCUUGGAACUGGUUGCCCAAGCCAUCGAAGCUUGCAAACAGCAGUUGUCUGGCACCACGACCGAGUAUAAUUUGAAUGGUCAAUCGGAGUGUUCGGAGCGGACAACAUCAUCCGAGGUACCAGUUUUGGAGGAGUUCAUUCCGAUCAAGAAAAGGGCAUCGUCAUCCUCCCCUUGUUGCGAUGAAGAUGAUGAAGACGAUGAACAUCAUUUGCAAAGGGUUUCGAAUGAGAAUAAUAAGAACAGUGAUAAGAGGAAAUCCGACUGGCUUAGAUCUGUUCAGUUAUGGAAUCCAGAUCCCCCAGCUGAGGAGGAUGUGACUAGGAAAGUGUCUGGGAUGGAAUUGAAGAGAAGUGGAAGUGGUGGUGGUGCUUUCCAGCCAUUCCACAAGGAAGAAAGACCUGCAAAGGCAACUGAAUCAUUGAGUAAAGCACCCUGUUCAACCCGGGUAGCUGCGACGAGUUCUAGCGCCGGUGAAGUCACCCCAGAAAAAAAUCUGAAUGAUGGACAGAGAAAGCAGCGCAGGUGUUGGUCUCAGGACUUGCAUAAGCGCUUCUUGCAUGCCCUUCAGCAACUUGGGGGUGCAGAUUCUGCCACACCAAAACAAAUCAGAGAGCAAAUGAAUGUUGAUGGCCUCACAAAUGAUGAAGUCAAAAGCCAUCUACAGAAAUACCGUUUGCACACUAGAAGGCCAAGUCCCUUGGUUCACAACAGUUCCAAUCCACAAGCAGCGCCUUUUGUCCUUGUAGGGAACAUUUUUGUUCAGUCACCAGAAUAUGCAGCUGUAACUACCUCAACAGCAUCAAGAGAAGUGAGCACAGUUGCAGCACCUGCUGGAAUUUAUGCACCAGUGGCCACACAUCCUACACCUGUUUCACAACCAUCAGCUGAUUCAACUAAGAGGUCACAGUUUAAGAAAUUGAAGCAUUUUGAGCAUUCAAAUUCAGAUGAAAGGGCUCAUCACAGUGAAGGAGCUCUUCAUUCAAAUUCCCCUACUUCAUCCUCAUCCACACACACCUCUACUUCUCCUGGUUAUUAA